GCCGAUUUGGUGUCAUCUUGAUGCAGAGGAGAUUGAUUACAUGUACAUAUAGCCAAUCCAUUAUCUAUACACGUAUAUACGUAUGAAUACACAAAACAUACAUAUACAACUAUUUUCAGCUCUGAUUUAUCGCUGACUCCAUUAAAGCUUCAAGGAAAAUCGACCGAGUUCUAGAUCUUGAAGCCUAAAACCCUAGGAAUAGUUUCUGAUUUCGUCUGAGCCAUUCGAUUCAAUCAGAAUCUAAUUCGUAGCAGGAGGAGCUUAUUGUUUCGUAAUUGUGUUUUCAAUGACUUUGAUAUAUUUUGCUGCCAGUUAAAUGAGGAAACGAGAGAGUGAUAUGUGAUGAGGGGCUGGAAUAGCCUUCUGUAUAUUGGCUGUUGGUUUUUCAUACCUUGAUUGUAUCUUCUGGGGUAAGUAUGAACAUCGUCAAGGGUGUUGCUGACCUUAUACGAAGGAGCUCAAGUGGCUAUGGUAGUGACUCCCGGUCUGGGUCAUCAUUUGAGAGAUUCUCUCCUCCAACUCCAUUAAUCCAGUUUAGUGAAAGUGGUGAUGAGGCUAUUCUAAAUGCACUCUGGGCAAGAUAUGAGAAUGUCUCCGAUAAGAUGGAAAAGAAGAGGUCAUUUCAAAUUUUCUUGAAGCAAUUCCUUCUCGUAUUUCGAAAUUGGGAACCAAUUAAUCUUGCCCAAUCACGGGAGGUUGUUUCCGUUGCAUCUACUACAGAGGGUUCAAAAGUUGUUACUGAUGUUGUACUUGGCUGUUCAUUUGGUCAUCCUGCCGAAAUUAUUCUAUGUUUAAUUGAAGAGCUUGCACAAAUAACCAUACUCAUUAAUGAAUAUCAGUUAGGAGCUUUGUCUACCAUAACAUCUGAAGGUUUGCCUGUCUUGGAUGCUUUGACUGUUGUGAUUCGUUCAUUGCACAAUUGCCGACUUUUUGGCUACUAUGGUGGGAUUCAAAAGCUUACAGCGUUAAUGAAGGCCACAGUUGUGCAACUCAAGACCAUUGCAAGUGCACUUUCAACAGAUGGAAGUUUGUCAAACAGUGUUGUGGAGAGGAUUUCAAUUUUUCAGAAUAUUUUAGUACGUGCAGUCUCCAUAAUAGGCAGCUUUAUUAACUUGCAGUCAAGCACAUAUAAAAAAGCUCAUCUAAGCAGCAGUCACUUGGAGUUAAAUGUCUCAAGGAGCAGCAGGGAAACAACUGAACCUUCUUUAGACAUGAAUGAUUCUCUUCCUGAAGUAAUGUUGCAGUGGCAUAAAAAGGCAGUUGUGUCUGUAAUGGAAGCAGGUGGCCUUAAUUGGUUAGUAGAGCUGUUGCGUGUCAUGAGGAGGUUGAAUAUGAAAGAACAACAUACAGACAUUUUACUACAGAAUUUAGUUCUUGAAACUCUUCAAUCAGCACUUUCUGAUAACCCUCGGGGUCAGAACCAUUUUCGAAGUAUUGGUGGACUUGAAGUUCUGUUGGAUGGGCUUGGAGUUGUAUCAAACAGUGCUUUGUUAUUAGAGGAUUUCUCAAGUUCUGGCACCACUAGGAAUAAUAACUUCCUACUGGAUAUUUUCCACCUCCAUGUUCUUUUAUUGGAGGUUCUUAGGGAGGCCGUCUUUGGAAAUUUGAACAAUAUGCAAUUCUUAUCAGAGAAUGGAAGGGUGCACAAGUUUGCAAAUAGCUUUUGUUCACUUGCAUUCACACUACAAAAAGUCAGACUGGAUGGCAAUGACUUGCCAUGGGACGCUUAUGAUAAUAGUGAUGACACAAUUUCCACUGAAGCUAAAGGGACAAAGGACUCUGCCACAGUUUCAGUCAAGCUAUCUUAUUUACAAAGUUGGAAUGAUUAUGUUGCCAAGAUGAGCACUGCCCUUUUUUCUUUUCUUCUUCCAUCAGAAGUUAGCAAACUACAUAGAGCUCAAGCAUCAGUCGGAAGAAGUAACUUGUUAAUGUCUCCAGCUUAUGUUGAACUUUCUGUAAAGUGGGUGAUUAGAGUGCUUCUAAUAGUUUUUCCAUGUAUAAAAGCUUGCUCGAAUCAAAGGGAGCUGCCUAACCAUUUAAGGUUUUUUAUCUAUAUGCUUCAACGUUGUGUUCUCUCUGCAUUCAAGACGAUUCUCAUCUUUUCACCAUCACUAGUUGAUGUCUUCCGAGCUGAAGGAGCUUGGGACUUUCUCUUCUCUGAAAACUUUUUUUAUUUUGACCCUGCUUCAGGGGAAUUUUCUGGUCAUGAUGGGUCCAACUAUGAGAUUCCACUGUUCAGCAAUGAACAGAAGUAUGCUGCAAAUUGCACAGGUAGUUCUAUAAAUCUUAAUGAAGUUGAAGCUAUUCAGAGAGAAGUAAUUUCAUUCAUGGAAUUUGUGGCAACUUCAAGUGGAAGUUCACAUAACUUGCCUGAGUGCUCAGUUCUAUUGGAUGCCCUUGAACAAUCUGCUUGUAAUCCUGGGAUAACUAAUGUUCUUGCAAGGAGCCUGGUUCAAAUAUUGCAGCUUUCAUCUGAGAAAUCUGUUUCUUCUUUCAAGACACUUGAUGCAAUUCCUCGUGUUCUUAAGAUUGCCUGUGUUCAGGCCCAGGAGUCUAAGAGAGCUGAAAGUGAAAGUCCUCAUGUGGAUUCUAUUCAGAUUGAAAUGGCAACUUCUUUUGACCAAGAGAUGUUGAGUUCUGCUAAGGCAGUCCAAUGUUGGCAAACGAGCAUGGCAACUUGUGUUGAAAUUUUCACAAGAUACUUCUCUCUUAUAGAUGAUGCAAAAAGAUUGAUGUUGCACAGCUCUGCUUGUGUUGACCGUUUAUUUGAUUUGUUUUGGGAAGAAGGCCUGAGAGGCCACAUGCUUUCUUAUAUUCUUGACCUGAUGAAGAUUAUCUCAAUAUCUGAGGAAGACCAUAAAGCAAAACUUUAUUUAUGUUCGAAGUAUUUAGAGACAUUUACACAUGUAAAGGAACACGAGAACUUUGUAGAAUUAUCUAUUGACUUACUUGUUGGGAUGAGAGAUUUGCUUUCAACUGACGAAGAGUACUAUCAGGCUUUAUUCUGUGAUGGUGAGUGUUUCAUACAUGUUGUGUCUUUGCUGAAUGGGAACCUUGAUGUAACAAAUGGUGAGAUGCUGGUACUGAAUGUCCUCCAAACACUGACCUGCUUGCUUUCAAGGAAUGAUGCCUCGAAGGCUGCAUUCCGAUCACUUGUGGGUGUGGGCUAUCAGACAUUGCGAAGCAUAUUGUUGGACUUCUGCCAAUGGCAACCGGGUGAAGCACUUUUGAAGGCUCUGCUUGAUAUGUUGGUUGAUGGAAAGUUUAAUCUCAAGGAAAACCCUGUGAUAAAAAAUGAAGAUGUGAUCUUACUCUAUUUGAGUGUUCUGCAGAAGAGCAGUGGGUUGUUGCAGCAACAUGGGCUAAAUGCUUUCCUUCAACUUCUAAGGGAUUCAAUAUCAAAUCGAACUUCAUGUGUCAGAGCAGAGAUGCUUAACUUCCUUCUUGAUUGGUUUGCGCUUGAAGAUGAUGAUGGCGUGGUCUUGAAAAUUGCCCUAUUGGUUCAGGUCAUUGGUGGCCAUAGCAUUUCAGGGAAAGACAUACGCAAAAUUUUUGCUCUACUUCGAAGUGAAAAAGUUGGAUCUAAUCUGCAGUACUGCUCAUUGCUAUUAACCAGUGUGCUGUCAAUGCUAAAUGAGAAAGGACCGACCGCCUUUUUUGAUCUUAAUGGUGUGGACUCUGGAAUAUCAAUUAAAACUCCAGUUCAGUAUCCUUUGAGUAAGGGACUUUCCUUUACUUGUUGGUUAAGGGUAGAAAGCUUUCCCAGGAGUGGGACAAUGGGGCUUUUCAGUUUUCUUACUGAAAGUGGAAGAGGAUGCAUUGCUGUCCUUACAAAGAACAGUUUAAUCUACGAGUCGAUAAAUCAGAAGCGACAGUGUGUCUCUCUCCAUGUGAACCUUGCCAGAAAAAAGUGGCAUUUUCUGUGUCUCACCCAUACAAUUGGUAGAGCAUUUUCUGGGGGUAGCCAAUUGAAAUGUUAUUUGGAUGGAGUUCUUGUUUCAUCUGAAAAAUGCAGAUAUGCAAAAAUAAAUGAGUCUUUGACUUGUUGCACCAUCGGCACAAACAUAAAUUUCCCUUACUAUGAGGACAAUUCUUUGCUUUCAAUCAACGAUUCAUCCUCAUUUUUUGGUCAGAUUGGUCCUGUUUACUUGUUCAAUGAUUCAAUUACUUCUGAACAAGUGAAACUUAUCUAUUCCCUAGGACCAAGCUACAUGUACUCCUUCCUUGACAGUGAAUUUGCAGUUGGUUUGGACAGUCCAUAUAACAAUGGAUCAAUUGAUGUGAAGGAUGGCCUUGCGUCCAAAAUUAUUUUUGGACUUAAUGCACAGGCAAGUAAAGGCAGAAUGUUGUUUAAUGUUUCACCAAUCUUGGAUACUGGGGUGGAUAAAAGUUCAUUUGAAGCAACUGUGUCUGUUGGGACACAGCUAUGUUCCAGACGAUUGCUACAACAGAUUAUAUACUGUGUAGGUGGGGUAUCUGUUUUCUUUCCUCUGUUCACUCAGAUUGAACUGUAUGAAGAUGAAGAUAAGAAGCAUGCUGGCGAGACUUUGCUAACUCCAGUUACAAAGGAACGUUUAACUGCCGAAGUUAUUGAGCUUAUAGCUUCUGUUUUAGAUGAGAAUUUAGCCAAUCAGCAACAGAUGCUUCUACUAUCAGGAUUUUCAAUAUUAGGGUUUUUACUUCAAUCUGUUCCGCCUCAACAGCUCAAUUUGGAAACACUUUCGGCUUUAAAACAUUUGUUAAAUACGGUUUCAAAUAGUGGCUUGUCCGAUAUGCUAGUGAAGGAUGCUAUAUCAAAUAUAUUCCUUAAUCCACUUAUAUGGGUGCACUCAGUUUACAGGGUGCAACGUGAGCUGUAUAUGUUUCUCAUUCAGCAAUUCGAUAAUGAUCCAAGGUUGCUAAAAAGUCUAUGUAGACUCCCCCGAGUUCUUGAUAUAAUACAACAGUUUUACUGUGAUGAUGCAAAAAAUAGUUCUGCUAUUGGAAACAAACCAGUUUUACAUGCUGUGACAAGGUCAGUUAUUGCAGAAAGACCCACCAAAGAUGAAAUACAUAAAAUUCGUCUCCUUCUAUUGAGUCUUGGUGAGAUGGGCCUCAGGGAGCAUAUUUCAGUAUCAGAUAUAAAUGCUCUUAUCACAUUUUUUGAGAGUAGCCAGGAUAUGUCAUGCAUUGAAGAUGUUCUGCAUAUGAUUAUUCGUUCUGUAUCCCAGAAGCCGCUGCUUGCUUCUUUUCUGGAGCAAGUUAAUUUGAUUAGUGGUUGUCACAUUUUUGUCAAUCUUCUUCAAAGGGAUUUUGAGCCUAUCAGAUUGCUUAGUUUGCAGUUCCUUGGUAGACUGCUUGUUGGUCUUCCGUCAGAGAAGAAAGGAUCAAAAUUUUUUAGUAUUGCUGUGGGACGACCUAAAUAUCUUUUAGACAGCAGCCACAAGAAAGCCAGUUCAAGGAUGCAGCCCAUUUUCUCAGUAAUGUCAGACCAACUGUUCAAGUUUCCUCAGACAGAUCUUCUGUGUGCAACAUUGUUUGAUGUUCUUCUUGGAGGUGCAAGCCCUAAACAGGUUCUUCAGAAGCAUAGCCAGCUUGACCAUCAGAAGAGGAGUAACUCUCAAUUCUGUCUUCCUCAGAUCUUACCCCUCAUUUUCAGAUUCUUGGCAAAUUGUGAUGAUCCUACUGCAAGGAUUAAAAUUGUUAGCGAUCUACUUGAUCUUCUUGACUCAAAUCCUUCGAACAUUGAAGCUCUAAUGGAGCAUGGUUGGAAUGCGUGGUUGGAUGCUUCUUUGAAGACGGAUGCAUUGAAGAACUACAAACUCAAGACACAUAUUCACAGUGACUGUGAGAUUAAUGAACAAAACUUUAUUAGGAGUUUCUACUGUGUUGUUCUUUGUCACUCUAUGCAUUUUGUCAAAGGAGGGUGGCAACAUUUAGAGGAGACAGCGAAUUUUGUACUUGUUCAAUGUGAAAAAGGUUGCCUCUCAUAUCAGUAUUUUCUUCGGGAUCUCUAUGAGGACUUAAUCCGGAAGCUGGUAGAUUUGUCUGCUGAGGAAAACACCCUUGUAACACAGCCUUGCCGAGACAAUAUGUUGUACCUUCUGAAACUAGUUGAUGAGAUGCUUCUUUCGGAAAUAAAUUAUAAGCUUCCGUUUCCAGCUAGCUGCACAAACUUUUCUACUGAGUUCUUAGAACUAGAAAAACUCAAAGACCUUGAUUCUGCCUUAUUGGAGGCCCUGCAAGGAGAAUUUGAUGAGAAGUUAUCAAGGAGUAUUGAGGUUCAGAAGUUGCCCAACACAAAAGAAGAGGAGAAAAUCAAUGAAGAGUGGUGGAAUUUAUAUGACAACAUAUGGAAUAUUAUUGGUGCAAUGAAUGGAAAGGGGUCAAAUAAAAUGUUGCCCAAGUCUUCCCCAGCUGCAAUUACUACCUUUGGGCAAAGAGCUCGUGGAUUGGUUGAAUCACUGAAUAUUCCAGCAGCUGAAAUGGCUGCUGUUGUUGUAUCUGGUGGAAUUGGCAAUGCUUUGGCUGGAAAACCAAAUAAACCUGUUGACAAAGCUAUGCUUCUAAGAGGGGAGAAAUGUCCUAAAAUUGUUUUUCGACUGAUGAUCCUCUAUCUUUGUAAAUCAUCCCUUGAAAGAGCAUCUCGAUGUGUUCAACAGGUCAUCCCCCUUCUACCCUGCCUUCUCACUGCUGAUGAUGAGCAAAGCAAGAGCCGGUUGCAACUCUUCAUAUGGGCCUUGCUUGCUGUUAGAUCACAUUAUGGGGUGCUGGAUGAUGGUGCUAGGUUUCAUGUUAUUGCUCAUUUAAUCCGUGAAACAGUAAGUUGGGGAAAGUCAAUGUUAGCUACAAGUAUUGUUGGCAGAGAGGAUUCAGCUGAUUCAAGCAGCAAUCCAAAAGAAGGAAGCUCCAUUCAUAACCUGAUCCAAAAGGAUCGAGUACUUUCUGCGUUUUCUGAUGAAGUAAAAUAUAUAAAGAGCUUGGGGGCAGAUAGGACUAGACAGUUACAAGAGCUUCAUCUUAGGCUCGAUGAAAGUAUGGUUGUUGAUUCUAAUCAAAAGAAAACAAUCAAAGAUGAAAUCCAGAGCAGUUUAAUUGCUGUUCUUGCCUCAGACAACAAGAGAAGGGAUUCUUUCCAAUUAUCUAAAGAUGAGGAGCAGCAAGUAGUUGCUGGAAAAUGGAUUCAUACUUUCCGCUCUCUAAUUGAUGAGAGGGGUCCAUGGUCUGCUAAUCCUUUUCCAAAUAAUAUUAUAACACACUGGAAACUUGAUAAGAUAGAAGAUGCAUGGCGUCGCCGGCAAAAGUUGAGACGGAAUUAUCAUUUUGAUGAAAAGCUAUGUCUUCCUCUCUCUACUAUUGCUCCUACUGACGCCCUUUCUCUUGCCAAUGAUGGAAAAUCUGGAUUUGGGGCCAAUAUUCCAGAGCAAAUGAAACGGAUUUUGCUGAAAGGGAUUAGGAAGAUUACAGAUGAGAGUUCUUCAGAAUUAAGUGAAAGUGAUGCUGAAUCUAGUGGUCCUGUUUCUGAUGACCCAACUGAUAAACGGUUCUCAGAUGUCGUCAAAGACAUUGGUGAUCAAACAGACAUUGCUCAGGACAGAAAAGAUUGCUCCUCUUCAUCAGCUGAAACUGAAAAUAGUGAGGUUCUCUUGUCAGUCCGCUGUGUUCUGGUUACACCAAAGAGAAAGUUAGCUGGGCAUCUGGCUGUCAUGAAGAAGUUCUUGCAUUUCUCUGGUGAAUUUUUAGUGGAAGGCACUGGAGGAUCAUCUGUCUUCAAAAACUUUGACUCUUCAGGUAUGUUUGAUCUGAGCAAGCCUGAUCAGGUAGGUGGAAGCCAGAAGCAGAAUAUUUUUAAAUGGGCCAUCAGUCUUGAUCUGGAUUCUGAAAGAGGAAGAGCUAUUGAUAGCAUAAGUGCAUUAUGUGGGAAUGCUCAAAAGAAUCCCAACAAUAUCAAGCGCCAUAGAAGAUGGAUCAUCUCUAAGGUAAAGGCUGUCCAUUGGACUAGAUAUUUGCUUAGAUACACAGCAAUUGAGAUCUUCUUCAACGACUCUACUGCUCCAGUGUUUUUGAAUUUCGCAACACAAAAGGAUGCAAAGGAUGUUGGCAGCUUGAUUGUAACAACCAGAAAUGAAUCUGUGUUUCCUAAAGGAUAUAGGGACAAGACGAGCAUUAUUUGUUUUGUUGAUCGGCGUGUUGCAUUGGAGAUGGCAGAAAUCGCCAGAGAAAGUUGGAGGAGAAGAGAGAUUACAAACUUUGAGUACCUGAUGAUUCUUAACACCCUUGCUGGAAGAUCUUAUAACGAUUUAACUCAGUAUCCUGUGUUUCCUUGGGUUCUGGCUGAUUAUUCUUCAGAGACUCUUGAUUUGAACAAGGCAUCUUCUUAUAGGGAUCUUUCAAAACCAAUUGGAGCACUGGAUCCAAAACGGUUGGAGGUUUUUGAAGACAGAUAUCGUAACUUCUGUGAUCCUGAUAUUCCCAGUUUUUAUUAUGGAUCUCAUUACUCUAGCAUGGGAAUUGUGCUCUUUUACCUUCUUAGAUUGGAGCCUUUUACAUCACUCCAUCGUAAUCUGCAGGGUGGAAAAUUUGAUCAUGCUGACAGACUUUUUCAAGGCGUUGAAGGCGCAUUUCGGAAUUGCCUUACUAAUACAAGUGAUGUCAAGGAGUUGAUACCUGAAUUCUUUUACAUGCCAGAGUUUCUUAUUAAUUCAAAUGCCUAUCAUUUUGGAGUAAAACAAGAUGGAGAACCAUUAGGUGAUGUUGUUCUUCCUAAAUGGGCUAAGGGUUCUCCUGAAGAAUUCAUAAGCAAGCAUAGGGAGGCCCUUGAAAGUGAAUAUGUUAGCUCAAACCUUCACCAUUGGAUUGAUUUGAUCUUUGGUUAUAAACAGCGUGGAAAACCAGCAGUUGAGGCAGCAAACAUUUUUUACUAUUUAACUUAUGAAGGUGCUGUUGAUCUGGAGACAAUGGAAGAUGAAUUGCAAAGUUCAGCAAUUGAAGAUCAAAUUGCUAAUUUUGGCCAAACACCUAUUCAAAUUUUCCAAAAGAAACAUCCUAGAAGAGGACCACCAAUACCAAUUGCACAUCCUCUGCAAUAUGCGCCCGAUUCUAUCACUUUGACUUCAAUUGUAGCAAGUACUGCUAAUCUUCCAUCGACUGUCUUGUAUGUUAAUGUGUUUGAUUCUAGUGUUGUCCAUGUGAACCAAGGUCUCACCAUGUCUGUUAAGAUGUGGUUAACAACUCAAUUUCUGUCUGGAGGGAACUUCACCUUCUCUGGCUCACAGGAUCCUUUCUUUGGCAUUGGUUCUGAAAUCCUUUCUCCUCGUAAAAUUGGGAGUCCUCUGGCAGAAAAUAUUGAACUAGGUGCACAAUGCUUUGCAACAUUACCAACUCCGUCUGAAAACUUCUUAAUAUCAUGUGGCACUUGGGAAAACAGUUUUCAGGUCAUAUCAUUAACUGAUGGAAGAAUAGUGCAGAGCAUUAGACAACAUAGAGAUGUUGUCAGCUGCAUUUCAGUGACAUCCGACAGAAGCAUCGUUGCUACAGGAAGUCAUGACACAACAGUUAUGGUCUGGGAAAUUGUCCGUGGCAAAAAGCGAGUAAAACAUGCUCAGCAAGAGGCUCCUAAUGUCAUUGCUGAGACUCCAUUCCGUAUACUGUGUGGACAUGAUGAUAUAAUCACUUGCUUAUAUGCAAGUGUAGAGCUUGAUGUUGUUAUUAGUGGAUCGAAAGAUGGAACUUGUGUCUUCCAUACCCUACAUGAUGGUAGAUACAUAAGAUCUAUUAGGCAUCCAACUGGCAGCCCGUUGUCAAAGCUCGCUGCUUCUCGCCAUGGCCGGAUUGUUCUUUAUUCUGACGAUGAUCUUAGUUUGCACCUGUACUCCAUUAACGGGAAACACAUCGCCUCUUCCGAUUCCAACGGCCGUCUCAACUGUCUUGAACUCAGUUGCUGUGGUGAGUUCAUGGUUUGCGCAGGCGAUCAAGGUCAGAUUGUUGUGAGAUCUAUGAGCUCACUGGAAAUCGUGAAAAAGUACAGUGGAAUUGGCAAAGUAAUAACUUCACUGACUGUUACACAUGAAGAUUGCUUCUUAGCAGGGACAAAAGAUGGAAAUCUUCUUGUUUAUUCUAUUGAGAAUCUUCAAAUCCGGAAGACAAGUGGUCAAUUAAAGGCCAGAGCCUCUGUAUCAUCAACUGUACAUUACUAUUCUUUGAAGUUUGAAGUGAAGAAAGACCUCCUCAUUGUUGAUAGUAUUAGAAACAUAGUUUUGACAACAUUACAGUUGUGUUAUCUAUCUGUGUUGCAAUGGACAGUGGUGGGUGUUUGGCCUUGAGUUUUGUAUAGUUGGGGUUAACACCUAAUAUCAUAUAGGAAAGGACAAUUAUGUAAUUUAAACAAAUUUUAUUUUAUGAUAUAGAGUCACCAAUGAAUCAAUGAAGCUGUUAGUUAUCAAGUGCAUC